CUUGUGAGUGGACUCGGCUAUUGAGCAACGACGUUUGCUCAGGCUGAGGAGCUGAAGUGUCUUUGUUUACAAGCGUCCCUGGAGUCCUCGUCUCAAUGGGGUUGUUCACUCGUCUCAUCCUCGUCCAGCCACAGUACAAGCUUGUGUUGGUGGCAAGAAUAACUCAGAAACUUGUGUAUCUAGCGGUCUUUUACAGAGCUGGAUGUUCAGCUCCUUGAAUUGCCGUUUGUAUGGCUGGAAACUCAUCUCCUUUCUGUUUGUUGGUGGCCUAGGAGCAGGAUCAAACCAGCACAUCAUCAUCAUCAUCAUAGGGAACAUCCCAGCAUCUCCAGUGGGUAGUGAUGGGAGGGGGGUGGUGGCCUUGGGUCAGCCAGGACAUUAAGGGUGGUGCAGAAAGAACAACCAGCAAUGUAGUAUGAAAUCGGCUCACAUCCUCACUUCCUCUUCUUUCCACAGUCAGCAUGUCUCCUGAGAAUUGAAAUGAAAUCCUGUCUUUCCCUCUGGCACCGGCUGUGACAGCUGCUGCACAGCAACAGGACAGGACAGGUGGCUCUUGGACAGGUGCACCCUUACUGAUUCGUUCUUAUCUGUUCAAAGCUGUAGUAACUGAGUGUUAAAUAACAACUAUAUCUGGAUUUGUGCUGAUUGUGCGUCUGCAAGAAUUUUUUUAAGCAAAUCACCCUAAAGCUGUUGCGUAACGUUCAGUUGUUCUUGCCAUUUAUUAUAACAUUGCAUCUUAUUUGAUCUAAACUUACACAACACGCCCUUCCCUGGAACUGGAGUGGCUGGACAUUCAGGUUCACUCAUCAUUCCAGGAGCUGGCACCUAUUAAACUGAUGAGUGGCACUGACUCACAGGGUUGUUUAAAAUGAACAGAACACAUGUCUUUAGAGAGAGACGUCUCGUGAUCUGGAUGCUGCUGUGCAUUGUGUGUCCGCUCUGCUGGUGCAGAAUGAGGUCAGGAAAGUUAUUUGAAGUGGAAUAACAGAGGAAAGGGAAAGUUUGAUGGCUUAUCUGAGUAAUGUACAGCGACAGUUGAGUGUCAUAGUCCCCACUGUUCUCUGUUUAACCCUUUACACACCUUCCUAAAUGCUUUGUGUUUUGUAUUUAAGCGAUGAGAAGUGUGUGUGUGUGUGUGUGUGUGUGUGUGUGUGUGUGUGUGUGUGUGUGUGUGUGUGUGUGUGUGUGUGUGUGUGUGUGUGUUUAAGUGAACAGGACAUAUCUUGGAUACACCUGAUAAACAGUGACGCUAGUGAGUGAUCGGGCUUUAUUCAAAUCUCUUGAACGCAGCCUCUCAGCUUCGCUCUGCUGCCGAGGCCAGCGCGCAUGCGCCCUCGGUAAUCCGCCGGAGGAGAUUGCAUCCUCGUCCACUGUGCUAGGGCUUUCAGUGAGGGAGCAUCAAAAGAUGGUGCCGAAAUGCGUGUAACGGGAGACCGGGGCGGCUAUUAAACCGCACCAUGGGACCGAAACGGACUGAGAAGUUCGGUCAUUAUUAUGGGAUGGAGCCGGUGAGCAGUUUCGCAUCUUCCGCGGCGACAGCGGGACCGGAGCAAGGAUGUGUGCUGAUAUAAGCGAUAUAAGAGAUCAGAGCUUUGGAAAAUGAGAGGAACGCAGCAGAAAUGGAGCCGAUGGGAGAUGGGGUUUCAGAAUGAACGAAGCCUUCACGUUCUCCUGCUGGAUUAACUCCUGUGUGCACCACUGUACUCCCGGCCUCUGGACCGAUGGACACGGACGUAGAUCACACGUCUCACGGCAGCACUGCACCGUUAUUUGUUAUUAUUAACUAAAUAGCCAAGCUGGAAAGCAAAACUACGGUUUGAAACCCAGAAGAUCGCCUGAUAUUUGAUCAAACCUAAAAAGGAUCUUUGCUGUGAUUUGACUUUAUCCCCCUCCCAUCUUCUCCUACAAACUCCUGAUCAAAAUGCACGCCGUGAACUUUCGCCUCCCUGACAGUUUGGCUGUAUUGACAAAUGUUUCAGGCAGCUACUUCCCCUGCAGAGACUCGCCAUGACAGGCAGUCCACAUAAGUCCAAGUUGAUAAACUGGACUGACCAGCUUUGGAGGAGUGGGAUCAGACAGAAAUUAAGCUGCAGAUCUCAGACAGCGGAAACUGGGAUCAUCUCCCUGGCAUAGCAUGACACCCAGCAUUCCUCCUGGAUUUAGUUUGUAGGCUGAAUCUAAAGCUGCGUUGUGAACAUCUACAUCAAGAAAUGCCAGGUUUUAUUUAUGCUACAUGAACCUUUGAAAAUCCAAAACCAUUUGUGCAUCAACCCCCCGUAUGUUUUUACUAGUAGAGCUCCCCAGCAGCUGUUAGUCAUACUGGAUGUCUGAAAGAGGAGACUUGGAUAUUUGCAUGCUUGUAGUUUUGCCAAAACCCCUCCCUCCAAACGCAGUGCUGUCAUGUCCCCCAGUGUCCAUGUUGUAAUAACCUGACCUUCACUCCAACAAGAUCUGUAAGGUAAAUCUGAGUCUGUGAUUUUCCUCAUGAAGCCAAGGGUGGCUUAGAGACCUUCCAUGAUGGGAAAUCUCUGUGAUGUUCCUAAACUUUACAGCUUGUCCUGAUGUUCUGAACAUGUGCAAAGGAAAGGAGAGCCAGGCAGAUGUGACAGAAAGCUCACACAAGGAAUUACAUGUGGAUUUGCAGCAGAAAGACGCAAGUAUAAAGUGUACAGGAGAGAGAAUUACAACGCUUUGCUCCUGAAGUAUUACAUUUAAUCUCUGCUGAAAGCAGCCGUGGCGUUGGAUUUUGUGAUUUUUGCCUGAAAAUACAACCGGAACUCUGUACUCCUUCUGCGUUAUCCACAUAUUUUGCUCCAUUUCAGUUUGCUUUUAUUUGAACCUACAAGGAAGUCUUUGCUUUUGGGGGGGGCAGUAUUUCCACAACUCUGGAUCCCUGGUCAACUUUCAUGUUGCAGGGAAGACAAAGCAAGAAAAUCCACUUAUCAGCGAGUAUCUGAUAAUCCGUGGCGAUGGGGAGUUCAGCUUCAUCUCUAGCUGCAGAGACGGAGUCGGAUCAUGGCUUUAGCAGCACCCCCUACCCAUCGUCACCCACUGUGGGCUGGCUCCGAAACAGCCACAGCAGUCCGGUGUGGGGGACCACCUUCAUCACGCGGCAGCAACAGCACCCACUGCCUCACCGCGAGCGCAGCCACUCUCACUCUCCUGGCUCCAUGGCAGCAGCAGUGCAAGGCAGCGAGUGGUCCUGUGGGCGCUGCACCUUUUUAAACACAGGUGCAGCGCCUCGCUGCUCCAUCUGCGAGGCACCACGCCAGAAACCUGAUCUCAACCACAUCUUGCGGCUGAGCAGCACCGAGGAACAUCGUUGGGCCUGUCCACGCUGCACUCUCAAAAAUCCUCAGGGUUCUGGAGCCUGCUCUGUCUGUGGCUUUGGUCCGUCCUCUGCCACCAACACCCCCCCUACCACCACCAUAGCCGUCACUGCCAAUGGCCUCCCACAUGCUGAGAAUGAACUCCCAACGCCUACCACUACUUCCACAGUUCUGCUUGAGCCCAGUGGACAGCACCCAGCCAAGGAGGAGGUGUUAAGGCGGUCUGAGAGCAACGGGGAGGUGGCUGGACUGGAGGGACAGGACUCAGGCUGGGCCUGCUCUCGGUGCACGCUACACAACACCCCUGUGGCAAUGUCAUGUUCAGCCUGUGGUGGACCCAGAAAACUGUCAUUGCCUAAAAUCCCUCCAGAGGCUCUUGUAGUCCCUGAGGUGCGUACGCCUGUCAUAGGGUUUCCUGUUCACUCAGCUGGGUCAGCUCCGCUAGUCAUUGACCUAACGGAUGAGUCUGCCACAUCUCCUCCUUGUGAUCCUCAAGAAUCUCCCAAUGUCUCUGCACAGGCCCUGUCGUCGCCUUUUGCUUCUUUCCCUUCUCUCCAGAACAAUCCUGUUCCCCGCAGCAGGAGAGAGGUGCCCCCUCCUGGUCGCCCUCAGAACCCUGGAACCAAUACCCCCAGCCCCACUUCCCCAUCAACAGCCAGUGUGCCACCUCAGCAGGGCCCACAGCGGCCAUCCAAGCCCAAGCAUGCACAACCCCAGGAACCUUCCUACCCCAGCAAGCGCCUCAGCAUCUUGGAAGAAGAAGAUGCUCAGCACCACCCAGUGACUUCCCCCCUUGUUCCCUCAGCACCCCCUGCCUGGAAGUGCCCAGGCUGCUCCUCGCUCAACCCCUGUGGCCCAUCUAAGUGUGAGGCCUGCCGAACUUCACGAGCCGGAGCAGACUUCAUUGACCUGGUAGGCUGUGAAACGGUACGGUUUACACCAGCCAGCCCCUCUAGUCCGGACUUUAGUACCUGGGCCUGCUCCAAGUGCACCCUGCGAAACCCUACAGGUGCACACAAGUGCUCAGCUUGUGGUUCUUCCAAACUUCAUGGCUUUCAGGAGCAGCAGCCCUCAUUGCCCCGCUGCUGCACACACUGUGGCCACUCGUCAGGUCCUGGCAUUGCGUCAUGCUCUUGCACACCUUCCUCAUCUUCAUCCGCUUCAGGUCAUAAAACAAGGAAACAGCCCCGUGGCUUUCUUCCGCCUUCAUCAUCUGCCGUUGCCUGCUCUGGUUCCUCUUCCUCCUCCACCCCAUCUAACUUUCUGGAGAAGGUAGGACAGUGGAGCUGCCCAGCAUGCACGCUUCUCAAUGACAUCAAGGCUAAGAACUGUGCAGCAUGCCACACACCCCAGCAGUACCUCACUCUGCGCAAGAUCAUCAAGCCCCUAAAAAGGAGGGAGAGCAUGCAUGUCGAGGCCCGUCGGCGGAAUGACGAGGGUGAAGCCAAGGAACUCUGGGAGAACAUCAUUAGCUUCUGCAGAGAGAACUCUGUGAACUUUGUGGAUGACAGUUUCCCCCCUGGACCUCUCUCUGUGGGCUUCCCUGAGGGUGACAGCAUCCAGCAGCGAAUCAAAAAGUGGCUGCGUCCGCACGAGAUCAACUGCAGCAACUUCAAAGACAGGGGGGUUAAAUGGUCCGUCUUCCGCACACCAAGGCCCUCGGACAUCCUCCAAGGACUCCUUGGAAACUGCUGGUUCCUGAGUGCGCUGGCCGUGCUGGCUGAGCGUCCAGAGCUGGUGGAGAGAGUGAUGAUCACCAGGACCAUUUGUCCAGAAGGAGCUUACCAGGUCCGGCUGUGUAAAGACGGGACGUGGACGACGGUGCUGGUGGACGACAUGCUGCCGUGUGACGACUACGGCUACCUCUUGUUUUCCCAGGCCCAGAGGAAACAGCUGUGGGUGGCGCUGAUUGAGAAAGCACUGGCCAAGCUCCACGGCUCCUACUUCGCCCUGCAGGCAGGGCGCGCCAUCGAGGGCCUCGCCACGCUGACCGGAGCUCCCUGCGACUCUCUCAUGCUCCAGGUCAGCUCCACCAACCCCCGAGAGGAGCCCAUCGACACCGACCUUAUCUGGGCCAAGAUGCUCAGCUCCAAGGAGGCGGGGUUUCUGAUGGGAGCCUCGUGUGGAGGAGGCAACAUGAAGGUGGACGAUGCUGUUUACGAGUCUUUAGGUCUGAGACCUCGACACGCCUAUUCCAUCUUGGAUGUUCGAGACGUUCAGGGUUACAGGCUGCUGCGUCUGCGUAACCCGUGGGGUCGCUUCUCCUGGAAUGGGAACUGGUCGGACGAGUGGCCCGACUGGCCUCAGCACCUCCGACAUGAGCUGAUGGCUCACGGCAGCAGUGAAGGCGUCUUCUGGAUGGAGUACACUGACUUCAUAAAAUACUUUGAUUCUGUGGACAUCUGUAAAAUCCACUCUGAUUGGCAAGAAGUGAGGCUACAAGGCAGCUUUCCCAGCAAAGCCAGCGGUCCCAUCACCGUCACGGCUCUCACCGUGCUGGAGAGGACGGCUCUGGAGUUCGCCCUCUUCCAGGAGGGGAGCAGGCGCUCCGACACGGCCGACAGCCACCUGCUGGACCUGUGCAUCAUGGUGUUCCGCGCCUCCUUCGGCAGCAGCAAUAAGCUGACUCUGGGACGCCUGCUGGCGCACAGCAAGCGAGCGGUGAAGAAAUUUGUCGGCUGUGAUGUCAUGCUGGAGCCGGGGGAGUACGCUGUCGUCUGCUGCGCCUUCAACCACUGGCAGAUGAAUGUCAGCAGGACAGGAGGUCCACCCACUCCCAUCUCCAGCCCCACCAGUGCAGCAGCACGGCGGCCCAGUCAGGACUUCCCUGGCUACAUACUGGCCAUCUACAGCUCCCGACAGGUGAUGGUCGAGCAGGUGGAGGCCACUCCCACCACGCUGGCCGACGCCAUCAUCCUGCUCACAGAAAACAAAGGCGAAAGGCACGAGGGCCGCGAGGGCAUGACCUGCUACUACCUGACCCACGGCUGGGCUGGACUCAUUGUUGUGGUGGAGAACCGCCACCCCAAGUACUACCUCCAUGUUUCCUGUGACUGCACAGACAGCUUCAAUGUGGUGUCGACACGCGGCAGCCUCAAGACCAUCGAUAGCGUACCGCCUUUACACAGGCAAGUGCUGGUGGUACUCUCUCAGCUGGAGGGGAACGCCGGCUUCUCCAUCACCCAUCGUCUGGCUCACCGUAAGGCGGCCCAGGCUUCCCUGGGUGACUGGACUCCCACCAAGGCCACCCACAGCCCCCAGCUCACCCCGGAUAUAGAUGGCCUCCACCAACCCAGGCCUCUAUGACCCCCGCCCACUAUUACCCCUCACACGUAGACUCUAAUCCAAUGAACUGUCUAAGCACUGAAAAUGAAAGCAAGGGUUGAAGAGUGUUUAGUGGAGCCCUAAACCUGUAGAGGAAGAGCUGGUUUGUGUGUCUCUUUGGACGCACACAUGAAUGUAAAGUCUUUGUAGGCAGCGUCUACGCUCCAGGAACGCCGCCGCUCCUCAUCACGCGCUCUGCCUCCUACCAAGGGGAUGUGCCAUCUCCAGAUGGGCCGCCGCGUCAAGUCACCGGGACCCCUUUCCCCUGUCAUGUCAGGGGGGUCCAGUUCAAGCUGCUUCAGUUUGAGGGUGGGGGGUGUUGUGCUGACUUGUGCUGUGGAUUAGAUAUCAGUGAGCCCUCGGCGAGUCCAGAGACGGGGCAGAGCGCUGCAACUACUGAGCCACCUGCCAGCCCACAGACCAUGAGCCAGUCCCUCAACCAGACACUUCCUCUACACGUCCAGAGAUACUCAGAGCGGUACACAAUGAGCCAAACCCAUCUCACGCAACUCGGUUUACACCAGAUUCUUAUCGUUUCAUCCGUGUGUGUACAUGUAGGCGAAGCCAUCAUCUGUCCCUUGUUUUGUCACCACCACCACAGUGCUGUGCUAGCUCAGGUCCAACCCCUGAUUCGUACAGUUCAGCAUCUUGUACGUGUUGUGGCGGGUGCCCAGAUAGCUGUGUGUUCUCUGCUGUCAGUAGUGUAAGCCCUUCCUCGUUUUCCCGCACCUCAAGGGUUUUUUUCUCGUGAAAUGCUGAAACAACAUAGAAUCUGAGUGAUUAGAUAAACCCAGACCUCUCUUUUCUCAUUGCAUGCUCUCCUGACCUCUCGUUAGUGGUGUAAAUGGUGUUUCACUUUAGCAGUUGUCUUUUUUUCUAGUACAUCCUCGAUGUAACAUCUGGCCACGUUUUGCAUUCUGGUUUCAUCACAGCCCGAGAAGGUCACUUCCUACCCAUUUUUCACACUUGCACAGUUGUGCCAGUGUGUCCCUUCAAGUGUUGGUGUACUAAAGAAACUCAAUUUGCCACAGGGGGGCUCUGAAAAGGAGCUGCUAAAUUCACUUCUGGAGAUCAGGGACUUACUUUAGUGUGCUUGUAAGCAGCCUAAGCACCCGGGCCAUUCUCCCUCUCCCUAACUCCAUAACAGCCUGUCAGCAUCAACAAAAAGUGCUCAUGGAGAUGCAUACACACCGUUGGGUCGGGGUCAGGACGCCUGAGACACGUGGCUGUAACCGUGGAGGUGUCAGGUACUUACAGAUGUUUUAUGUAUGUCGUUGCUUCGGUGCAACGAGACGAUUGAUGUGGUACUAAAGGAAAAGGACAGCGUGGGUGACUGUUUAAAUUAAAAGUUGGUGUCUUAUUAUGUUGUGUAGCGAGGAAACACUUUAAAGCUGAUGAGCAUUCAUGAUUGUUUGGUGGAGAGCUGGAUUGUUCACUGUGACACUGAUGUGUUUAUUUUCGGGGGGGGGGGGGGGG